AUGAUUUGGACCUUGUGCCUUGUGAAGCUGCCCCUGGCCGAGCCCGUCGCCUGUGGGUACAACAAGGCUGCAGAAAGCAACUCAAAGAAUGAAAAGGCGUGGCUCCUGGAGGCUCAGGAGAGUCACGGUGGGGCCUCGUGGAUCAGAAUAAUCCUGGUGCCUCCUGUGGAUACUGAUUGGGAUCAUGUUUGGGAAGCUAGUCGCAUCUUCAGACUUAACAACAUUUCCAAGGCCUUGGUCUUUCUGGAUGACAGACAUGUAAAGCUGCUUGGCAUCGAUGCUUCUGGAAUUGCUGAUGGAAAACCGUCUGUUGUUCUUCACCUUGUUUGGAGCAUCAUCUUGCAUUUUCAGGUAAAGGAGGUGAUGGGAGGCCUCCAGAAGCAUUUGUCUUCCAGCCUUUCCGCCUUGUCAAUGAGCAGUUAUCCAUCCUCUAAUGACCUCUCACCCCAGCCAAGUGACACUGGCACAUACUCUUGCAGCACUCUGCCAAGUAAAGGCAGGAAGGCUGGCAGGGAAGCAAAGUAUCAUGGGAAAGCAAUCAAGGUGCUUCUGCAAUGGGUCCAAAGAUGCACAUCAAAGUACGGGGUGGACGUGAAGGAUUUUGGGAAGAGCUGGAGGAGCGGCUUGGCAUUUCUUGCUUUGGUUAAGUCCAUAAACCCAGACAUGGUUGAUCUGAGGGAAAGCUUUCAUCGAGAUCCAGUGGAAAACAUCCGGCAGGCUUUCAUGAUAGCCCAUCACAGCUUGGAUGUACCUCCACUGCUGGAGCCUGAAGAUGUGACAUGCACUUCACCAGACGAGCAGUCCAUCAUCACCUACGUCUCGAUGUUCCCAAAGUGUCACUCAGGCACAGAUGAGGCUCCCACACCAGAUAUUGACAUUCCCGAGAUUCCCAGUUUUGGAUCACUUGAGUCAGUCAGCUUUGAAGAGACUGACGCUGAUGUUCCAGAAGUCCAGGUGUUGCUGGAAGGCUUGGAGAAGAGCAGCGAGCAGCUUCUGUGGAAGCGUUGGUCUCGGAGAUCUUCAGGAAGUCCCCGUUCUCCGUCCUUUCGCACAAACGGAACAGCUGCCUCCGACCAACCUGCUGGGACUGCUUCAGACUCACAUUACAAAAAAAGGAAAGGCAGUGCACGAAGCUGCUAUUCUUUAAGCUCCGAGGAAGGAAUCUACGGCUUACCAUCGCUGGAUUCAGAUGAGGAGGAUGCAUAUAGCUACAUCCUAGAGCUGAAUAAAGAUGUGUUUCAACCAUCUAAUCAGCUGAAAAGACAAGCACCAAAGGUCAAAGAGGAAACAGCAGAGGAAAUAAAAGAAGAAUCCAAAUAUCAGGGAGGCUCCUUUUUACAAAAGGCUGAUUUUGAGCUUGAAUCGGCCCAGGCAGUGGUGCACAGGAAGUUUGAUUUUGACAAAAAUGAAAGAAAUCUCAGAAAAAUGACAGACGGUGGAGCAGCGCUUGACUUUAAGCCAGAGGGUGAAAGUAGAAGCACAGAGGAGCAUGAAGAGCAGCGGGCUAAUAGAGCACAGACCGAUGAUGAUGGGGAUUAUUGUGAGGAAGAAAGGGGGAAAAAGAUGUUCAAGAAUGGGGUCAACAAAACAGAGGACGAUGCAGCGCAAGCAACUGUUGAAGUGGCCCGUUGGCAGGAAGACACCGAGGACAGAAGAGAUGCAGAGCUUUCCAAAAAACGUGGACAGGUGGGAGGGCAGGAUUUAGGGAAUGAAAGCCAAGAUGCUGCUGUGAUGAAAGAAGAUGGGAAGAGCCAGAAAAGUACAAAUUCAGAAAGUUUUAAGAGUGAAGUAAAUGGAAAAAUAAUAACUGAUGAGGCUGCCUGUGAAGUCAGAAGUGACACAGAAGAAGAAAGUGGCAGGAAGUGCAAAGAAGAAAAAAUGAGAGACGCUGAUGAAGCGAUGGAUUCAGCAGAGUCUGGGUUUGUUAAAUCAGCAGCUGGAGAGGAGACGACAGCGACAGAGCACGAUGGGGAGGAGAGUCCC